AUGGAGGUUGAAAACCGCCUUAAGGCUUACCGCUUUGUCGCCUACUCGGCUGUCACUUUCUCGGUUGUGGCCGUGCUCUCGGUGUGCGUUACCUUGCCCAUGGUCUACAACUAUGUGCACUCGGUUCGUCGGCAAAUGCACAACGAAAUUGUCUACUGCAAAGUGAGUUGAAGGCUUCUAACUUUUCUCUGCUGGCUGAUUUUUGCGAUCGUUUAUCCUCAUUUGCUUUUAUCAGACGAUUGAUGACUCAUUCUUCUUCAGGGAUCUGCUAAGAACAUCUGGACCGAAGUCAACCAGAUGAGAAACACCCCCGCCUCCAACAGAACCGCCCGUCAAUCCGGCUACGGAGAGGGCGCUGGAGUUGGCGGAGGCCCAGCCGCCGCCAACGGCGGAGCCGCUGCUGCUGGAGGAAGCUGCGACAACUGCUGCUUGCCCGGUCCUCCAGGUCCAGCCGGUACUCCCGGUAAGCCAGGAAAGCCCGGAAAGCCAGGAGCUCCCGGUCUCCCCGGAAACCCAGGAAAGCCACCAGCUCAGCCUUGUGAGCCAGUCACCCCACCACCAUGCAAACCCUGCCCAGCUGGACCACCCGGCCCACCAGGACCACCUGGACCACCCGGAGACGCCGGAGCCCCAGGACAGCCCGGAAACCCAGGAACCGACGCUCCACCAGGCGAAGCCGGACCCAAGGGACCACCCGGACCACCAGGACAGCCCGGUCAGCCAGGUGCCCCAGGAGAGCCAGGAGCCCCAGCCGUCAGCGAGCCAAUCGUCCCCGGACCACCAGGACCACCCGGAGAGCAAGGACCAGCUGGACCACCCGGCCCACCAGGACAGCCCGGAGCCGAUGCUGGCCCAGGACCUGCCGGACCCAAGGGACCACCCGGCCCACCAGGACCACCCGGAAACGACGGACAGCCCGGUCAGCCAGGUCAAGCCGGACCUCCAGGCCAGAGCGGAGAGAAGGGUAUCUGCCCCAAGUACUGCGCCAUCGAUGGUGGCGUCUUCUUCGAGGACGGAACUCGCCGUCGUUAA